AAGUUAUGAAAAAGCUAGUCGACAAGUCGAGUUGCGGCCACGCAAUCGUCCAAUCGCAGGCGCAGGUAGAAAAAACCUGUCAGGUGGAACCAGCGACUCUCUCUCCUUGGAACACCCUGAGCACAGGUGAACCGAACUGGAUUCGAUCAACAACAUGGCAGACGAUUGCUGUACAGUGGCCAGCAGGUCGAUCCGUUGACUUUACCCUUUGAGUAAAGCAGUCGAACCGCGACUUGGAGGUCCACUUCGCCUGCGCCCGCCCGCCUCAGAUUCAUCAGUAGCGAUGGACGAGGUGGCCGGGCUGGCCGAGGAGCGCGAGGAGAGCGUCACGAAAAAGCAGGCUGAGGUGUUGGUGCGCUCGCUGAAGGCCCUCAAACUGGGCCUCGGCCGCUUUUGGCGACGGCAAUCGGCCACCAUCACAGACUACGACCCCACCUACCGCGUCGCCUACCUCGGAAAUGUGCUCACCGGAUGGGCGAAAGGUGAAGGCUGCACUGAGAAGCCGGUUGGGACUCUUUGGCGCAACUACUGCAGCAGCAGCCGGUCGGACGUGGCGAUGACGCUGACCAUCGGUGCUGCCGGACUCCGCGCCACCACCAAGGAACACGGCCUCACCGAGUACUGGAGCCACCGGGUCACGUACUGCGCGGCGCCACCUUCCUUUCCCAGGGUCUUCUGCUGGGUCUACCGCCACGAGGGACGCAGACUGAAGCAGGAGCUGCGUUGCCACGCCGUCCUCUGCUCAAAGGCGAGUGUGGCGCGGACGAUCGCUGCCCAACUGCAGGCGCGGCUGGCCGAGGCGCUCAGGGAGUUUCGACGAGACAAGCUGUGUCGACAGCAGGCGCGACUCUCCCUAGCCAACGCCGUCUACGCGCAACCCUCGCUGCCAAAGCGACGCAUCAUGCUCAGCACCGGCGCCACCAACUAUCGGCCACCCCUGGAGAGAUCCAAAUCUGCACCUAAGCUUGGUCCUAUUGAUGAAAUAUGUGAAGAGGAGUUCCUGUCAAUAAUCGAAGAGCCUGAAGAAGAGGAGGGCAGCCUGAGUAGCGAAUCGGGCGUGGUGGUUGCACCAGCAGCAGGAGAGGACGUCAUGCCCUGCGGUUGUCCCCAGGGUGGCUGUUUAUGCUGCGAAGAAGGUCCCGACUCGGACGAGAGCGGCUAUGACGAAGCCGAUUUCAGCUCCAAACCUUUGGCCGAGCCUUCCAAGGACGACGAAGACUCGACAGGCACCCUUUGCGAGACAAGUUCAUUGUUCAGGCCGGGAGAAUCGCCUCCCAAGCUGAGCAAACCGAGAAGGAGGAGCGCCGAAAAGCAGAAGUGCCUCGUUAGCGAAGACACGGGCCAGCUGCAGCACAAACUGGCAGGCGCCACCAUGGACGCAACGUACGUCCAGGUGUGACGCCCCUGUUAGUUCAGAGGACGCUCGAGCGAUAAAUCAAAGUCAAAAUUCAUUGGUUCGUUUGUCAGGCUGACCAGAUUUUUAAUGAAAUUAUCCGCAGUACAUCCACAGUAUUUAGAAGAAUCUCAGGUUUUAUUCUCAUUUUAUUCAUGAUUUUUGUUCACUGGUCAGUCUGUGUAUGGGGAGUUCAGUGUUGCAGACUUUUGAAGUACAAACGCGUCCUCCGUGCGAACCACAGAUCUGUGACAUAAGACUACAUUUUGUGCUGUCCCGACUUUUGCCAUGAGAGCUCAACCACGAAAUUGUGACUGUAGAUGUGAGUGUGUGCCUGUCCCCUUUCUGUUGAAGAGGCCAAUUCCUCCGCCUCCUUUGACCUAGUCGACUAACGAGAAAAACAAGAGCCAUCAUCACACUUCGUGUUUCCUAGAAGCACCCGUUAAUGCUGAAAGCGCAACUUAUCAUUCCAACUUUAAUACUUAAAAACAAUGAAAAUUACUCUCGUUCCUGAUUAGCAUUCUUCGAUUUCAUUCCAUUUUAAUCGCACAAUCUUGCUCUUGUUAGCUCAUUUGCUUUUUGUAUGUUAGGUUUUAACCGAGGAGAGGCUGCCGAGGAUUUUCUUUGCAGCGAAAAAGUGGGAGAUAAAAUACAUAUUUUAGAAAAUUGAGAAAUGUCUGUGCCUGUGAAUAAUUUGUAUUCUCCUGAACGCACAAGUGAGAUAGGUCUGCUUUUGUGCCUUGGAAAUGAAUCUUAUAUUAAUUAUUUGUGUAUAAAUGACAUAAUCUAUUUUAUCAAUACUGUCAUCAUUAGUUGAAAAGCAGAAAUCUUAUGUGUUCGGUGAUGACCUCUGAUCUGAUAUUCAAAUCUGAUAUUGCUGAUAUAUAUUGUAUUAAUUAUUUUCAGUAGCUACUGUGCAUCUGUUAAGUGAAGUAUUGCUAUUAUAUUAUCAAACAAAUAAAGCAUAAAAUAUUUC